AUGCCCGAAACUCACGGAUUGCCUCGUAACCUCGUCCAUGUACCUCUAAAGGACUCUCCAUUGAGUGAUUAUGGUGGCUUCUUCGGUGAUUCGGAUAUCCAAGUAAAUCUUGAAGAGAGUGGUGUUUUUUCGGAUUUGUGUGUUGUGAAAGGCACUGAAAUUGGCGUUUCGAUUGUUUCUGUCAGUUUACUAGAAUCAUCGUCCCGGUACUUGAAAGACGAGAUUACUUUGACAGUUGCAGAGGCAAUGUCUCUCGAUCCUCCAUCACCCGUGUAUGUCCUCAUCGGCGCAGUUGUCCGUUAUACCCUCAAAUCCAUCCGUAGUAAUAUGCCACGAGUCGUGAGCCUACCAUCUCCAUUCCAUCACUGGUCAGCCUCAAACUCUUCGGUUGCUGAGGUGGACGGAGAAACGGGUACAGCUCGUGCGUUGAGCUUGGGGGCAACACAAGUUGUUGUUCGAGACACCCGAAUUCUCGGACAGAUGCAGAUAUCAUCUCUCCAUAUUGUCUUGCCCGAUAAUUUGUUGCUAUUUCUGAGGCCACUCUAUCUUUGUGGUGACUGUAAUAUUCCCGCAGCGUCGCGUUGGUAUUUAGUGGCUGGCCAACGAUAUAUCAUUCAUUUAAAGGCUUUAUCGUCGACAGAAACGGGUACGCAUGAGGUUUUUAUAACAGCGAACAACGAGAUUGUGAUUGAUCUGGCUCAUUGGGGGCAGUUUUUCUGCGAUAUUCUCCCGGUUUCUGUUAGAGUUGCUAAUAAGAACAAGUACAGAAUACUAAUUGCGUAUUCAUCUGGAUCGGGAAAGCUUAUAGCGACUUUGGCUUACCGCACUGGGCAUGGUAUUAAGAAAGAAGUUCUCAAGGUUUCUCAAGAAUUCACGGUUUGUGAUCAAGUUGAGUUUGUUAAGGAACGAGCGGGUAACCGUUUUAACAGAAUUCUCCUCCCGUGGGUCCCGGGUGUCUACCAGGAGUUUCAGCUUAAAGCAAGCGGAGGUUGUGCUGUGUUUCCCAGUCACUAUAAAUGGCUAUCUUUAGACGAAGCGGUUGUGUCUGUAUCUGCCUCGGGCAUUGUUAGGGCAAGAAAACCCGGAAAUGCAACUAUUAGAGUAGUGUCGAUUUUCGAUUCACUGAAUUAUGAUGAGAUGGUUAUUGAAGUUUCUGUCCCUUCUUCGAUGAUCAUUCUGCCUAUCUUUCCUGUGGAGGUACCUGUCGGAUCACAUCUUCAAGCUUCUCUGACAUUGAGAGCAUCGAGCGGCGCACUCAAUUCCUCCUCCUCGUCGUACGGCCCUGCUUGCGUAUCGACUCUCAUUUACCCAUCGGGUCCCGGCCGCACCAUCGUGCAUGCAACAUUAAAUAGAGAGAAUCGACACUCGGAAUCUUAUGUCUUGAAUGUUUCCUUACGUGUUGCUGCAUAUUCACCGCUUACUAUACACCAGGCGAGCGACGGGAACCGUUUUGGUGGUUACUGGUUCGAUACGGCUCGUAUUGGAUCUUGGAACGAGCUAGGGAGAUCGGAUGAUGUCAAUCUUGCACUCGGAACUUACUUGGAUGUAAUGCUUUCUGGAGGACCAGAGAGGUGGGGCGAUGAUGUCGAGUUCGUUGAAACUGUGGAUGUAAUCGACGAGGGGAAUACUUAUGCGAAAAGUAGAAUUUUCCUGGAUCGAAUAUCGACCGUUUACGGCAAUUUAUACCGAAUAGGAUGCAAAAGUUUGGAGCCUUUCUCGGUUAUUUUCAGAAGGGGAAACCUAAUGGGCGAAGAGCAUCGUUUUCCAGCUGUAUCCGAAGCUGAAAUGGUGCUUACAUGUAGCUACCCAUCUUAUAUUGUAAUAAUACCCGACGAAGAAUUGAAUGCUCUUCCAGUUAUAUGGUCUGCAAGGGGGGCUGAAAGAACGGCUACAGUAGCCAACGGGCGCGAAAUUCGAAUAUCGGCUGUUGGAAUCAGUAAUUUUGAUAUAGCUUUCGCGAAUUCGUCUUCUUUUACUUUAAGGUGGGAAUUAAGUGGAUGCGAAGGGCUGGCGACUUUCGAUGAUUCGAAAGGGUAUUCGAGCUGGGAAAGGUUUUUGAAAUUGCAAAAUACAUCCGGACGGUGCACCGUGCGCUCCACUAUUGUUGGCUUCAAUGAUUCUCUAAGCAAUCCCGAUUUGUCUAUGUUGCUCGGGAGUUAUGUAGAUCUAACGGCUGCUAUCCAGCUGCAGCUUGUUUCUCCGAUUAGAGUGAGUCCGGAGUUCAGCUUGUUGUUUUUCAGUCCCGUAGCUAGGUUGAAUAUCUCGAUUAUCGGAGGAAGCUGUUACUUUGACGGAUUGGUUAACGAUACUGAAAUUGUGGAAGUCGUACAACAACCUACACAUGGUUGUGACGACUGUUCGCAACUAACAUUGGCUCCGAAAGGCGUGGGCUCUGCACUUGUGACAGUUGGCGAUAUCGGACUCAUUCAUACCCUCUCUGCAUCUUCCACCGUCCGAGUUGCGGAAAUGGACUGGAUCAAGAUUUUAACGGGAGGAGGACGCAUACGCAUUAUGGAGGGAAGUUUCGAGUCUGUAAAUCUUUCGGUUGGGGUUGUUGACGGGCGGGUUUUCGACCCGUCUCAGUACAUUUACAUGGGCAUUCGUGUACAUAUCGAGGAAAAUAUAGUUGAGGUUGUCGACGACUAUGAUUUUUCAAUUUUGCCAGAGAGAUGUGUGCGUGGGCAAAAAUUGGUAUUACAAGCUACACGUGUUGGGGUGACGACCAUAUACCUUAGCGCUACCAAACGUUCUGGACGUAAAAUACUGAGCCAACCGGUUAUGCUGGAAGUAUAUUCUCCACCAAGAUUACAUGCCAGUGAUAUAUUACUUGUACCAGGCUCGUGAUAUACGGUAUUCCAGUACGGAUGAUCAGACAGCCGAAAUUCACAAGUUUUCGGGACGACUUUCUGCGAUUUCACCUGGGAACUGUACCUUAAUUGCCACAAUAUAUGGUGAUGGUGACAUCAUACGUUGCCAAGCAUAUGGAAAAGUUAAAAGUAGGGAUUACUUCGUCAGCGGUUCUAAAUGUUCAGAGUGAGCAGAUUGCUAUUGACCGCACAAUGCCAAUAUAUCCGAGGGAAAUUUAUUUUCCUUUUAUGAGCUCUGUGAUAAUUUCAAGUGGACUGUGGAAGUCAAAGAUGUAUUGAGUGUCCCUCUUCUGAGAUUUUACCUCAUUCUUCACAUGCCUACAAGAAAGGAGAUUCUUUGAGUGAUGAAGGCAUCGAUUAUUCCUUAGUACACGCUAAACGGAAGAUUGGUACUACUACAGAAUCAGGCAAUCGUGUGUGCAUUCGAGCAAAAGACAGGUCAACUGGGAGAGCUGAAGUGGCAUCUUACCCAAAGUGAGAUCCCAAAGCCCAAAGUGAGAUCCCGGCUCUAUUGUAAUCAGCAUCCUCAAUUUCAGACACAAUUUUCAUUUUCAGUCCUCAGGUGCUGGAGGAAUAUAUCUUCACAUGACGCAAGGUCGUCCAUUGUAGAGGAGGUUCAGGGGUUGUUCUCCAUUUAAGGUCAACCAAUAAAGUAUCGUGGGUUCUAAUUUCAUUGAUGCAGGACGUUUUUGGGUUUUAAUUUUUUUUUUUUUUGGGAGAACCAGAUUUCCCAUUGUAGCUGCUCUUCCAGUUCUCUUUCUCUCCAUCGUUUUAAUCAUGCUGAUGCAUCCAUGAUUUAAUCGUGUGUAUGCUUGUUCUCUAUUAAUGUUGCAGUGUUUAUAGCUUGGUUAAAGGGAAAAGAGCAUUGGUUCAUGACAUUUUUGGUAGAUAAGUGAAACAUGUAUUAUAUUUGCUAAACUUCAUAGAGAUAUACAGUUAGGCGACUGUAAAUAUUCAGAGAACUUAUUAAUUCAAA